UUAUUUCUCCUGAUUUUCCCAUUUCGCGUUGUAUUCCCCAAACACCAAAACAAAACCUCUGUCUCUCCCAUUCUUUCACACACACACACACACACACACCGAACAAACCCCUAUUUACACUGAAACUCUCGAGUUAUUGCUUUUGUUUGAUGGUGUUUUUCUGAGCCCAAAAAAAAGAAAAAAAAGUUGAAAUUAAAGCCGGGAUCUUGUCCCUUUCUACAAAUGCUCCUUGAUUUUUGUAGGGGGCAAGGUGAAAAAAAAGAAAAUUAUAUCAUGAAUUGAAGUUGAAUUAAAUGUGAUAAUCUAGUCUACAGUUGGUGGGCUUUCAAUUGAACUAAGUUGCGAAAAUUGAUUUGGGGUUUUUGUUUGUUCGGGGAAUGUUGGAAUAAUUUCUCGAUCCGAUUCUUCAUUGGAAAGCAAAAAUUUUCAAUUUUUUUUUCUUUCUCUGCUUUGGCUUUUUGCUGAAAAGUGCUCAAUUUAGGGCUUUUUUUUUUUCUCUCUUUUUUUUUUUUUCUAAUUUAAUUUUUCCUCGGGGUAGUUGAAUCGGGAUUUGGUUUUUCGCCUCUUUGGAAUUUAGGGUUUUCGGUGCUUCGUGAGAUUGGGUUUUUACUGAUGGCGGAUUUAAUCUAGGGUUUUCGAAUCUGAUCAGCUUGCUGGGGCCGGAUUUACAGUUGGACUUGGGGUUUUGAUCAGCAAAUAUCGGAACUUGAAGGAUUCAAUUGCAAAUAUCCGGGGUUUUUUUCCGGCACUUUGCUGAUUGGGAAUUAUCUUAUGGGAGUUUGGCUUUUAUCCUAAGGAGCUUAAGAGAAGCCUCUUUCAAGUGUAAGCAUUGUAAUUGCUUCGGAUAAUUUGUUUUUUUUUUGACAAAGGGUAUGGAAGAGGAUUGUUCACACAAAUAUAAUUAAUAUGGCACUGGAAAAACAAGCUUGUUUUCGGAAUUUCUGUUGAAAAUAAGUAGUGGGUGUUUUUUUGUUUUAGUUUUUCUUCUAUUCGGUUGGGGAAUGAUUUUGGGAUUCAAUUUUGGUGAUAAGGUUGAGGAAGUGAAGGUGAUGAUCGACAAGUUUUUCGGGAGAUUUUUUUACUACUGCCAGAGCUACCGAUACCAGCAAUUUGUAUCCUGAAAUUUGUUGCCAACUGUGUUUCUCUCGUUAUCGUCGGGUCUGCAUUCAGCGAUUUUGUUUUUUUUUACUAUUUUAUUGCACUGAGGCAUGGUUAAAAGUGCGGUGUAUUUGAGUUGAGGUUCAAGGCGAAUUUAUUGGGUUUUCCGGUAUAGGAAGCACCGUUUGUGUGUGUGUAAACUAGUGGAAAGAAGGGGUAUAUGAAGGAAUAGUGAAGCUGGAAAUCAAUGUGGUGUCAUGGUGCAUGGACAGAAAUAUAAUCGUUGGUCUGUUUCCAUAUUGGACCACUGCUAUUCGAGGAAAGUAAUCCAAGAAUACCGUUUUCUUGAUUGUAGUUUUCUUCUUUACACGCGAAAAGUGUGCAAUGUCUCGCUGCUUUCCAUUUCCGCCACCGGGAUAUGAAAGAAAGCAUAUACCUGAAGAUUUGGACUUGUUGAAAGAGGCGAAGCGCAAGGAGAAGAAGCACAAAAAGGAAAAAAAGGACAAGGAGCGGAGCAAAGAUAAAUCAAAGAAGGAAAAAGAUGGAGGCGACGAAAAACACAGAGAUAAGAAAGACCGAAAAGGAAAAGACAAGGACAAGAGCAAGAAAGAAAAGAACAAGGACAAGAAAAAGGAAAAAGAAGACCACGGCAAAGACAAGGAGAAAAGCAGCAUCUCAGAAGAGUCAACUGUCGCUGCAGAAAGUCAACCGAAGCUUAAUCCAGAAGGACACCACACCAAAGAUCGAAGCAGCUUUUCGAACGAAGGGGAAUUUUCUGGCUUAUUAUUCCAAGGUCAUAAAAGGGGAAACGAGGAAUCGAAAUUUGUGCUUGAAUUGGAUAGGAGGAUCAGAGAAGAAAAGGGUCAAGGAAGUCAAUUGCCCGAGAGACUUACAUUUGAGGACAAAAAGGAUCAAGAAAACGGCGAUAACAAAAACAAGAGAGUUGAUAGAAAAAUCGAUCCUUUUGAACUCAGAAAUGAGUUUAGUGGAAAUACGAACGUGCAAAACCUUAUGCCGACUCCCAAAAAUAAGGUUGAGGGGAUUCCCAAACCAGUGGUCGAACAAAAUGGCUAUAGAUUGGAAGAUAAAGAGAAGCACAAGGAGAGUGGUGGUGGAAUUAAACAGGUGGAAAAAAAGAAAGAUAGGGAUAAGGAAAGCCGUGAGAAGAGAAAAGACGGAGAAAAGGAGAAGAAAAAGAGUGAAAAGUCGAAGCGGAAAAAGGAAGAAAAGAAAGGCGAGCUGGACAAGUUGAAGGAUGAUGGCUUUACUGCUAAUAAAAGCGUUGAUCUGUUGAAGGAGUCUAAUAGUAAUGCUGUUGUUAAUGAAGGAAAUAUAAAGAAACGAAAAGAUAUGGGUGCAAACGGUUUUCUCCAUGAUAGUGAAACGAGGCCUCAUAAAAUUCAAAAGCCUGCUUUUCCUCAUCAUUCGACAGAGAAUGGAAGGAAACUCGAGAAACUCGAAAAAGUCGAACCUUUCCCAACUCCAAUUAAACCCUCUCAGGACAAACAAGCUGUUGUUCCUAAUCCUAACAGUGAUCGAGUGGACCACCACAAGGAGCGUUUGAUGAAUGGCAUUAUCGAAAUUCCGAAACCAUCUCCACCUAAAUUAAAUCCCUCUCCUGCAACAGCAAAAAUUGCUGAAGCUUCAAAGAUUAAGGCUCGAACAGUGUCCAAGGUUGAGGAUCCAAUUGCCACAUCAUCAAGGAGGCCUCGGCCCCCGCAUCCCGAUUCCAAGUAUCUAGCCGAGGUACUAACUGUGCCCAAAAUGUCAAUGGACUUGUCUGAAAAUGAUGACCAGGACUGGUUGUUCAGCAAGAAAGCUCCAACAAAACCUAAGACUGAAUCAGUGGGUCCCGACGAGGAUCUGCGUGUAUGGUCAGAAGCUGUACAUAUCGAAUCAGCUGAUGUCAUCGCUCUGCCUUAUGUGAUUCCUUAUUGAUUUAGAUGCACGGUGAAAAAAACUUUUCCAGAAAAAAGAACCAAGGCCCAUGAUGACCUGGCACAUCUGGCAUUUUGUUUAAUGCUGACGUGGCGAAGCCCUGCAUUCGUCGGGUUGGAAUGAGUUGGCGAUUGGGGUGGUGGUUUUUAGUAUGGGUCUAAUUCUGAUUUGUAUUUAAAUUGCAGGAGGUACUUUAGAUGACAUUGAGGAGAGAUGCAUUGAUGAAAAGCUUCUACGAUUGGUCGAAUUUGGAGGAAGCUGAAAAAUGUAUUAAUGGGGUCGAGAGUGUAAGUUUUUAGCUCUUUCUUUAUUAGUUUCGCGUCACCACAAUUUUGAUUUUGUAACGUAGAACUCGUAUUUAUAUGGAAUGUGAGAUAGGAGGUGGGGAGUUAAAAGGGAAAAGGGGUGUAGUAGUUUCCAUUCAUUUCAUUAACAGAGGUGUAAAAUUGUUGUUUAUAGUGCUGCUAUUCGGCUUUUCAUAAUACGUUUAUUAUGUACGCGUUGGUUUUUUAUUGUCCGAUAUUUUUUUUUUUU